CACCAAAUUGCGAAAUUACGGUUGUUUUGCCGCGUGCGGUUUUGUUUAUAAAUACAAUUGGACCAAUUGGCGAAAUUCCCAGUUGAAAUAGUUCUGACAAUCGGAAGGAAGUUACGCCCACAAACGAUUCAGGAUGCCCGUGGUUGAGGGCAGCGAUCUGGUCCAGCUGCAGCGACGUCGUCAACAGGUGCGCAACAUCUGCAUCCUGGCGCAUGUGGAUCACGGCAAGACGACUCUGGCGGAUUCCCUGGUGGCCAGCAAUGGCAUCAUUUCGCAGCGGAUGGCGGGCAAACUGCGCUACCUGGACAAUCGGGCGGACGAGCAGGAGCGUGGCAUCACGAUGAAGAGCAGCAGCAUCUCGUUGUACUACCAGGAGGCGGAGGAAAUGGCCGGUAAUCCGGACUACCUCAUCAAUCUGAUUGAUUCUCCCGGUCACGUGGACUUUUCCAGCGAGGUUUCCACGGCAGUGCGCCUAUGUGACGGUGCCAUUGUCGUGGUGGAUGUGGUCGAAGGCGUGGGUCCUCAAACUCGCGCCUGUCUAAAGCAAAUCUACGAGGAGCAACUGAAGCCCGUCUUGGUGCUCAACAAACUGGACCGUCUGAUCCUGGAGAAGCAGAUGGAUCCCCUCGACGCGUACUUCCAUUUAACCCAAGUCCUGGAGCAAGUCAACGCCGUCUUGGGCAGCAUUUUUGCUUCCGAUAUUUUGGCCAGAGAGGAUAUUACCAAUAAGGACAACUACGAGUCCGCUUUGGAGGAAGUGGAUGACUCGGAGCUAUAUUUCUCACCCAGCUCCGGCAACGUCAUCUUCUGUUCCGCCUACGAUGGCUGGGCCUUCUCCGUCCGAGACUUUGCCGCCAUGUACGCCAAGCGUUUGGAGAUCAAGAGAAAAGAUCUUGAACAGGUUCUGUGGGGCGACUUCUACUACAAUUCCAAGAAGAAGGAAGCAUUGCCGGGAGCCCAGGAGAAGGCGAAGAAACCCAUGUUUGUCCAAUUCGUGCUGGAAAACAUAUGGAGCCUCUACGACAUCAUAGCCAUUAGGAAGGAUAAGGAUAAGCUGCCUGGAAUAGCCGAGAAACUGGGUCUUAAACUGGCCGCCAGGGAUUUGCGUCUCACCGACCCCAAGCUGCAGAUCAAGGCUGUGCUUGGGCAGUGGCUACCCAUUGACAGGAGUGUCCUCCACAUGGUUGUUGAGCACGUUCCGCCGCCUCACAAAAUCAGCGAGGAGAGGGCCCAGAGAUUGCUUUAUCCAGCGAAUGUGGACUUGAGUUCCUUGCCGCCGGAAACCCUGAAACUCAAGGAGAGCUUUACCAUUUGCGAUGCGGAUAGUUCGGAUGUCAUUGCUUUUGUGUCCAAAAUGACACCAGUGCAUGUAACCCAUUUGCCCCAGAAUCGACCCAAGAGACUUACGGAUCAGGAAGUGCAACAGCGCAGGGAUGAGGUGCGUCGUCGCAUUGAAGAAAGGAAGCUACAAAGUGAGCAAGCGGAGCUGGAGAAGAUCAGCCAGGGCGUGGAACAGCUAAGCACCCAGGUGGAGGUCCCAAAAACUGAGGAACCCCAACCGGAGGCGGGAGAGCCCAACGAGUUUGUAUUCAUUGCCUUUGCCAGAGUGUUUAGCGGCACCUUGAAGCGCGGUAUGGAGUUGUUUAAUCUGACGCCCAAACACGAUCCUCGCCAGCCGACGCAUCGUAAGGAGAAUGAAGCCCCCUAUGCCAGUCGUGUGACCAUCGGAGAUCUUUACAUGUUCAUGGGAGGUGAGCUCCAACUCCUGGAUGAAGUGCCUGCGGGAAAUAUCGUGGGAAUCGGUGGUCUGGAAUCACACAUUGUCAAAACAGCUACCUUAAGUAGCAGUUUGGAUUGCACCUCCUUCAGCGAACUAAGCAUUAUGGCCACUCCUAUUCUCCGCGUGGCCAUUGAACCGGUUCAACCGCAGGACAUGCCCAAAUUGGUGAAAGGUUUGAAGCUUCUGAACCAAGCAGAUGCGUGUGUCCAGGUGUCGAUGGCUCCCACGGGUGAGCAUGUGAUCACCACCUUGGGCGAGGUUCAUGUGGAGAAGUGCGUUCACGACUUGGAGCAGAGCUAUGCCAAGAUCAAGGUGAACGUGUCCAAACCGAUUGUGUCCUUCCGUGAGACUAUUGUGCCCGCUGCCACAGUGGAUAUGGUUAAUGAGGCAAUUGUAAAGACGGCGGAGGACAAGGAUGUGAGCAAGAAGAUCGCCGUGCAGCAGACGCUCAACAAAUUGGGCACUCUUAAGGUCAUAGCGGUGCCCCUGCCAGCAGAAGCUGUGGAAUUGCUUGAAAAGCAUGCGGAGUUCUUCAAGGAACUGGCUGCCAUUCCUCGAAACCAAUUGCUCUCGGAGAAGUGGACUACCCUGCUGGCCACCAUCAAAGUGAAACUGAUCACAGCUCUGAAGGAUCUACAGUUGUUUGGGUUAAGCACACUGUCCACCGAAGAGCUUGUGAAUCGAGUCUGGGCUUUGGGUCCCCGCAAUUGUGGUACCAAUAUUCUACUCAACCUUAGUGACUACGAGCAGCCUGACUUCUGGUCAAGUCAUGCCAAGUCGGACACAGAUGUUCGUUCCAAGACAGAUCCGCGCAAGGACUUUAAUAGUUCGCUGGUGAAUGGCUUCCAACUGACCUCCGUGGCGGGUCCUUUGUGCGAGGAGCCCAUGCAGGGCGUUUGUUUUGCGGUUCUCGAGUGGUCCAUUCAAACGGAAGGAGAGGAUUUGAACUCAAGAGGUCCUUUCUCGGGUCAAGUUUUGACUGCUGCCAAGGAGGUUUGUCGACAGGCUUUCCAAAAUCAGCCACAAAGAUUGGUUACACCCAUGUACAGCUGUAAUAUUGUGGUCAAUGCGGAAAUGUUAGGUAAAAUGUACGCGGUAAUUGGCCGGCGGCACGGCAAAAUCCUCUCCGGCGAUUUGACCCAGGGCAGCGGCAACUUCGCGGUCACCUGUCUUCUGCCGGUGAUCGAGUCGUUCAACUUCGCCCAGGAGAUGCGAAAGCAGACAUCUGGCCUGGCCUGUCCCCAGCUCAUGUUCAGCCACUGGGAGGUGAUUGAUAUCGAUCCCUUCUGGCUGCCGACAACCGAGGAGGAGCUGAUGCACUUCGGCGAGAAGGCGGACUCAGCCAACCGGGCCAAGGUCUACAUGGACAGUGUCCGGCGGAGGAAGGGCCUCUUCGUGGACGAGCAGGUGGUGGAGCAUGCCGAGAAGCAGCGCACCCUCUCCAAGAACAAGUGAUUUCGCAGGAAACUUGGUGCCUCAAACGCUUUUCAGCCUGACA